AUGUCUUGCGCGGCGGCGGAGGCCGGCCUGGUGGCCAUGGACUGCGUGGUGGUGUGCUGCUGCUGCCCGUGCCUGGUGCUGCAGAUCACCGUGUUCCUCUUCGUCCGGCUGCCCCGGAAGGUGGUGGUCAAGUCCAAGAGGGUCUUUCUGCGGCGAUGGCACAGGAGGAGGAGGAGAAGAUCGGCAUCGGCAGCCGCGAAGAGGCUCUCCAGAAGCGGCAGCACGGCCUCGUCCUCCGGCAUGAGGCGCCUCGAGGAGCUGCUGGACGGCGGCAGCGACGGCGACGUCCGCGGUAGCUGGAAAGAGAAAUGCUUCGCCAUGGACGACGAUGAUGGCGGCGGCGGCUGGAAGCAGAGGUGCUUCGCCGUCGACGGCUGCGACGACGACGACGGCGUGUGGGAGGCGCUGGUGGAGCAGGAGGGGCUCUUCUGGUUCGGGAGCUUCUGGGGCCGGACGGAGCAGGGCGACCCGGUUUCUGCGGAGGACCAGAUGUACGCAGGCUUGAGCUUGCCGGUAGUCCUAGAGAGAGUGCGCGAUUAG